AUGAGACUACCGUUGAAGAGAAGUAGUCGGCUCGAUAUAUGGGCCUACAGUUUUUUUAAUAAUGGGCCUUUCGUGCAAAACGUGUGGGUCAAACUGAGACAGGCUUGUGGGGGUACCAACACUAUCCAAUGUCCUUUACCUUUAAACUCACUGAAUUCUUCAGAACCAAUUUGCUUGAACGGAAAUCUUCACUGGCUUGGUCAAAAUCUUGAGGAUCAAGAAGUAGUUGUGUCCGUCGAUUUCUACGCUUCUGAUCAUCAACACCAAGUUAUACCUCUCCCUGACUCAGAUAAAGAACCACAUUUCGAAAGAUCUUGCACAACUUCUCAAGGAGAUCACAUGUAUAUGAACAUAAUCUCUGGAGAAAAAGAUGAUGGAGGAGACGUGGAUCACAAGUUAAGUGUAUGGAGGCUAAAGAAUCGUGGAGGAAUGCAGUGGAAUUGGUCAGAUUUUGAGUUAUGUUGGAUGCAGUGGAGAGAUGAACACAAUGAGUUUCCUCUCGGAAUCAUAUCUCUCUAUGUUUGCUCUUCCGCGGUGGCUGUAUCGAAUCCCUCCCCCGCCACCAGGGCCGGCCCUGCCCGCCACCUCCACCGUCUUCCGCGGUGUCUGUUUCUGAUCCUCGUUCCUCAACCUGACAAGAGAUAUUUUCCUUAUUAG